AUAUCAUUCCACUCAUUAUGACAACAGCCAAUAAAUCCGAUUCUAUGCAAUACAAUAAGCCCAGUGUUAUCAAUAAGACAACAGUAGGCGAUUCUCAAACAAUGACACGAAUGCACCCAUCGAUGAAAAGGCCAAGAGCGCCUAUUGCAUGCUAUCGCUGCCAUCAUAAAAAGGUACGCUGUGAUGGAAUUCACCCCAACUGCACUCGAUGUCUUUCCACAGGCAUCUUGUGCGCUUAUCCAAGUUCACGUCGCUCUCGCAACACGCAACCGACAAAUGUGGAUCCAUUUAUUAACAACCUGUCUCAGUUAGAGGCAAAGAUUAGACGCAUCGAGACUGAUCUUGAGUCGCAGCGCAACCUGGUGAGAUCAAUCUGCGGCGAAUCAAACGAGGUCGACAAGACAAGUGCAAGCACCUUGACUUCACGAAUCAUCAAGACGGAAAAGGAUCUGCAAGAAUCUCGCUCUAUCGUAGCUCAAUUACGCUUACGUGGUGAACAGCGAGCAGCUAGAGGAAGAAGAGCAGCCGCAGCCGCAGCCGCAGGAUCCGUUUCAACAUCAUCUAGUCAUGACAAGAAUGCAUCAGCUUGUUCUGGGAGAAAUAAUAAAAUGGAUCAUAAUGCCGUCAGUAAUACCGGUAGAGCCAAGUCGAGCCCAGUCCUUAGCAAAAAGAAAUCCAACCAAACAACCAACAGUGCCGCCAUGUCAGUGAUGGCCAAUAACUUUAGCGAUUCGUCCUCCUUUUAUCUGGCCUCAUCUUCUCCUUCCUCCUCUGUCGACUUUAUGAGUCCAUCUUCAAAUUACUACUUUCCUUCAUACACGAACGACAUUUGUGUGCCAUAUUCAAACAACUCCUUUCAAGACUGGUCGCUUUUAAACAAUCUGCCUCGAACACUCGAUAAUAAUAAUAAUACGGCCAAUGGUUUUGUGGAUCCCAUGAUCAUUGCUGCUGCUGAAAAUAGUAUAACACCUCUCUUAUCUGUCUAUGUGGACGACCCAUCCAUGAUGACAGCCAGAGCACGCGCCUUAUCUCAUUUACCUCCUUCACCAGAACAAAGUCGAGAGAACAGCAUCUUGGUGCCUGGUCUCCAGCCUUCUUUAUCAUCUACUUCAACGUCUUCCUCAAACUCCUCAUUUGGACUUGUCAACGAAUCCAAUAGUGCGCUCUAUGAUGAGUCUUAUACACAAUUUAUGAGCAACAAUGAAAUCAUGAUGAUGGAUCAAAUGACAGCUGCAGCUGCAGCUGCAGCUAUUGCUAGUAAUACCAACACCAAUACUGCCACUACUACUACGACUACUACUGCUACUGCCACGACCACUGCAAAGUAA